UUGGUGCUAAAAUUUGCUCAUAACACGUUUUUUGAUCCAGUAAGAAAGUGAGCCAUGAUAAUCGUAUUGAUAUGCUUGUUAGCUUCAAGCUUGGCCCUGAAUUUUGGCAACUUGGUGAGGCAGAAUGAUUUUAUUCCGACAAUGAACGUCACCAAAGUCCUGGCGCAUCCUCAUUUUCACGUCGACCGCGUCAGUGUUGAGGGAAAUCACACGUUCAUCGCCAGGUCGUUUGAGGACAAAUUAGGCGCGGUGCACAGGGAAAAUAUUGAAAUUGUCACAAUCGAGGAAAAAUAUACCGAGUUUGAAGGCAUCGACGACUACCUGGACGAUUUGACUUUGCCCGGAGAAUUUAUUGAAGAAGAAAGUUCGGAGACCGCUUUUAUCGACACUUGCCGUGUUAUCGAAAGCAAAGACACGCGCGUUAAGCGAUACUGUGAUUAUGAAAGAUGCUGCACUCUGGUGGACAAUAACUACUGCUUAUUUGGAACUUCCGAAGGCAAAUUGUAUUUCCAAGUGGGCUUUAAGUACUACCUCUGCAAAAUGUGCCCCGACAGAAUCAGAUUCAGGUUCCGGGCGCGCAUGCCGGGAGUUUACGUUUUGCGAUUUGUGACCCGCAAGGGUUCGUACGUUCUGGUUCUGCGGACAUACAAGAAGUUUCAGGUGGUGUCCUUCUUGUGGCCGAGGACGGUCCACUUAGGAAGGGGGUUCAAGGUGUUCUUGAUGGUUUACCCUGACAGCAAGUGCAGCUUGUUUGACUAUUCAUUCAGUUGGAGUUGUCUGGACGCUGCGAAGGUGUUAGACGGCAGCGUGUCGUCUUGCGACGGCGACUUCGGCGUCAUUAUGAGGAUGAAGAACGUCGUUCUGGUAGAGCAGAUGUCCGUCCUCAACGUCUGCAGAUUCGUCAAGGUUGGCUCAUGCACCUUCAUCUAAACCACCGAUUAAAGCGAUCAAGUUAAUUUGAAAUAAUUAAAAAAUUAUUUAAUAUUUAUCUAAAUAUCUAGCAAUUUGUCUUAUUUUAUUUUACUAAACUUUCAUACUGUAAUAAAACAUAAAUAUUGUAUCGUACUUUUCGCAACUUGCAAGAUUUUAAUUGAAUAUAAAUUCGAGAACUGUUUGAGAACAUUUCAUUUGAAAUUAAAUAUUAAAAUUUGAAACUGGGAAAACGAUUUACGACGCUAUGCAAAAGUCAUCAUUCAUUUCAUAAUAUAUAGGCACUCCUAAAAUAAAUAGA